AUGGCUCCAGCAGGCCUCAACUACAGCCGCGAUGAACGGGUUCUCUGUUUUCAUCAUGAAGUGCUUUACGAAGCCAAAAUCAUGGACCUGAAGCACAGUGUCCCAGAUGAUCGAAAAAGCCCGUAUGAGUAUCUUGUGCACUACAAGGGAUGGAAAAACACCUGGGAUGACUGGGUUCCUCAAGAGCGUCUCCGCAAAUUCACGGACGAGAACCGCGAAUUAGCUGCUCAAAUUCGGCGGGAGGUCACGGCUCAGAAUUGGGCAAAAAACAAUGCCAACGCCAAAAUCCCAAAGAGGAGAGGUGGCUCUGACUCCGGUCGGGGCAGCGAGGAACGACAAUCGUCUGUCCCUGCCAAGGGCAACAAGCGAGGCCGAGACAAUGAAAUUGAAAAAGAGGACCAGUUUCACUCACGGCCAUCGAUCCGGAUUAUGCUCCCUGACAACCUCAAAGCAUUACUCGUCGAUGACUGGGAGAAUGUGACCAAAAACCAGCAGGUGGUUGCUUUGCCUGCGCCUCACUCUGUCAAUGGAAUUCUCCAAACGUAUUCAGACGAGGAAAAGCCAAAGCGCAUCAAUACAGCAGAGAAAGAUGUUCUCCAGGAGGUUAUCUCGGGAAUCAAGGAGUAUUUUGACAAGUCCCUAGACAAGAUUCUACUCUACAAGUUUGAAAGAGAGCAGUAUCGACUUUUGCGUCAGAAAUGGGAAACUGGUGCCGAGAACUACGCCGAUAAAGGACCACUCGACAUUUACGGAGCUCAUCAUCUUCUUCGUCUAUUUGCCGUGCUUCCCGAGUUGAUUGCUCAAACGAAUAUGGACCAGCAGUCUAUCAACCACCUACGCGAGGAGCUCUCCAAGUUCAGUAUUUGGCUGAGCCGGCACUCGGAACAAUUCUUCUCGAACAAGUAUAUCAAUGCUACUGCCGAGUAUAUGGAGAAGGCGACUGGAGUUCCUAUUCAAAACCCAGGUACUGCAACGUCACGCCUUGUCUAA